AUGAUUGACGGUAACACAAAUCGUAAUCAUUAUUAUGUGACUCACGGACUUCAUUCCGAUCUCUUUGCUAUCGGCACAUUACCACAGGAUUCACUUGAAGUGCAAGGCACACGAGUUAAACCAAUCGUGGACCCUUCUUUUUGGUCAUAUUAUCCUGGAGACACAGGAAUAUUUUGCAAAUUAGCUAAAGGCUUAACACGAGAAGAUUCAUAUGUUCAACAAACGCAAACUGAAUCAGGUGAUGUGUUUUCCAAACGAUGGCAUCCUAUUUUGACACCUCAAAAUCCGAGUCGACACGGAAAACGUCAAAGACCUCCAACAUCUGCACCUGAAGCCCGUAAUUCUCUCUUACAUCUCGUCGAACAACGUCCAACAACAGCGCCCGUAAUUAUCGAACGUCGUCGUACACCAUCGAAAGCUGUUGUUGUUGAUACAUCUGUAUCACCAUUGAAAACGUUUGCUGAGAUGAUAUCAAAAGCACCAUUACGUCCACCACGUCUUAUUGACACAUCAAAUAAUUUUGAUAAUUUGCGAAAUGAAUCAUUUUUAAAUUUGACAGUCGGUUUAAAAUCGGCCGUAUUUAAAUCUGAAAAUAAUUUUGUUCAACAAUUAUGUAAUGGUAGUGAUUUAAUGAUGAAUACAAGUAGUCAUAAUGACAGUCUUAAUGACUUAGGAAAUGAUAAAGAAAAUUUACCCACUAACAUUCGUAUAUCCCAAACAUUUGAAGAAUUAGAAACAUCGAAAAUCUAUGACGAUGAUGAAGAUGGAGAUGAUUUACCAAUUCUACAUCGUAAUAGACAGAGUAAACUAAAACAAAUUCAGAAAUCGGUGGAUAAUAGUAAUGAGAACAGCAUUCCAAAAUCAACGUUGAAAGCGGAUACAAAUAAGAAAACCGACAAACUAGAUAUCCAAGACAUAAACCAUGGAACUUGGCAACGAAAUAAAGACGGACGUAUCAUAGCAAUGACAAGAACAACAAGUGAUAUAAGAAAAUCAGACAGAUCGAUACGUGAACAAGAACCACCACUCACUGUUACUGAAGCACAAAUUGUUGAAUUGGAACAAAAACAACUUGAUGAACGUGACAGAGAAAUUGAUCAAUUUUCAUUUGAUAUGCCAACAGUACCAUGCGAAUUACUCUAUGAAUUUAAAACGCCAUUUUCCGAUGAGUAUGAUGUUGCUAUUCAAACACAAUUGAAUACAACUUCAGAAUUUAAUUUAAAUGAAUUUUAUCGUAAUGUUAAAGUACGUUUGGAAAAUGGAACACAUUCAAAAGCGGCCUUCGAACGUUGUUUAAAAAUGUCAAGACUACAAUCGACGACAAUCAAAUGGGAACAAAGACGUCGACAAACGUUAACAUUAUACAAUCGAAUGUUAAAAACGUCCGCUGCCGCUGAUGGAGGAUCAUUUCCAAAUAACAAUAACAAUAAUGUACUAUUAAAUUCAAGUUUUUCUACAUCUAAUUCAGCAAGUAAUACAAAAGAAAGCAAAGAAAUAUCAGAACUCAAACGUGAAUUACGUUGUAAUGAAUGCAAACGAAUAAACUGUUUAGGAAAUUGUGCACCAGGUCAAGAAUAUCAUUUGUACAAACGCCUUCUUUCAUCAAUUUCUAAUCAAACGAAAAAAGAUCAACCAUGUCCGGUAAGAUGUAAACAAGGAUGUGUCGUUUGUAAUUGUCGUAUAACAACGUCAGAAAUCAUCAAUGCUAAUCAAAUUAUCAGCGGUGGUCGACUAAAAUCAUCAAAAGUUACUUAUUCGUUUGGCCAAAAAUCACAUAGACCCAACGAUCUAAGACCAAAAUCAAUGAACCAAGUAACCAGAGAUAUGAAAAUGAAAUUUCAACAAGCGAAUUUGUCACCAGUGAAUAUUGUCGAAACAGAAAGUACAUCGCCAAAACGUUCGCCAAUAAAACAAAAUGGUCUCCUUCCCGGAAAAACGUUUCGCUCUCAGAGAAGAGAAUCAUUAACAAUUAAUCAACAAUAA